GUCAGUACCUCUCAACUUGCAAAUGGAGAUAGAGGCUUUGAGAAUGUGGAGCUGGGUGUCAUAGGAAAGAAGAAGAAAAUUCCGAGGAGGGUUAUUCAUUUUGCAAGUGGAGAAACAAUGGAAGAAUAUAGCACAGAUGAAGAGGAAGACGAACAAGAGAAAAAAGACCUCUUGCCGCCUGUAGAUCCUACCACGCUCACGUGGGGACCCUACUUGUGGUUUCAUAUGCUGCGAGUUGCCACAUCAACUUUAUCAGUGUGUGACUUCCUUGGGGAAAAGAUUGCAUCUGUUCUGGGGAUAAGCACCCCAAAAUACCAGUAUGCCAUUGAUGAGUAUUACAGAAUGAAGAGAGAGGAGGAAGAGGAGGAACAGGAAAACAAGAUGUCAGAAGAAGCAGAAAGACGGCAUCAGGAACAGCAGAACAAGCCACAAGCUGAAGCUCCUGUCCAGACAGACCAGCCUGAAGCAACAGCAUGCACUUCAUUUGUGAAUGUAAACUUUGAAAAUGAGGGAGAUGGCCAGUCUGUUGGGGAAGAUAAACAAGAGGUAGUUCCUGUCCCUCCUUAAGUGUAAAGCUCUGUAUAAUGUAGGAAAUAGGAAGUGUCAGAUGUCACAAUCUGGCUAUAAGAACCAGGAAAAAUAGGAUUAUACUUGUUCAGUGAAAUACAACUUUUAGCAUUCUUAUUGAUCAGGAGAGAGCUAGGUGGUGUCUGUUCAGUCUGUCUGCCUAAUAAAGGCUGAGGCAUGCUGCCAAAUUGGCACUUCAGUCAAAAUUAAAGUUGCACUACAAACAUUUGGUCUAAAAUUGAGUGUGUGAGCUAAUUUCUGUGUAAAGCAAGUAAAAAUGUCUUUUCUUUGAAUUGCUGUGUCUAACACCUGUGGAUUGCAGAUGCAGUGCUGUUUCCUACUUCUAAACACCUAUUUCUGAUUUGCACAUUGUUUGCAACUUGGCUCUCUAUGAAUAGAUUAAUAGGAACCAAUAUCCUGUAACUCACAAGUCAGUAUAAUAGUGUCUCAUUUCCC